ACGCUUAUAGAAUGGUAGAUACGGCAAAGAAGAUAGCAGUCGGGCAUGUGAAGAACUGCAGCCACGGUCCAGAAAUGCAGAGGUACAUAUACGCACCUAGCUGGAAGGAUCAGGGGUGCAGAGGGGACGCUCAGAAUGUGCAGCUAUUCGCAACGUCACUGGCGCUUGCCCCAUAGACCCACCUCGAUAAUUCUCCGCAGACACGAUAUCUGUGCAGAACUGAGCCAAGCCAAGCCAAGUCACGACACACUUAGCACGGCAUUCAUCGCGGCCACCACGCAAAUCGACGCCUUCUCGAGAGAGCCCAGAGAGCCCAGCAUGCCGUCCGACUUUGAGAAGCAGAGCUACUGGCACGAGCGCUUUGUCUCGGAGCAAGCCUUUGAGUGGCUGGUGCCGUCUGAGCGGUUCGUGCAGGAACUGGAGCCGCGACUGGCCCGGCUGGAAAAGUCUGCUCGCGUGCUGCACCUGGGCUGCGGGACAAGCGACGUGCACAACCACCUGCGCCGGCGCGGCUUCACCAACGUCACCAACGUCGACUAUGAGCCGCUGGCAAUUGAGCGGAGCCGGGCGCUGGAGCAGGCCGCGUUUGGAGACACGGCGAUGGAGUACGUGGUGGCUGAUGCGACGCAGCUCUGCUCUGGGGAUGCCGCCUGGGCUGGGCAGUUUGACCUCGUGCUGGACAAGAGUACGGCCGACGCUAUCUCGUGCGGCGGCGAAGAGGCGGUGCGCAAGAUGGCAGCAGGCGUCAAGGCAAGCCUGGCGACAGACGGGGCGUGGAUCUCGAUGAGCUACUCUGCCACACGGUUUGCCUUUCUGGACGGGCUGCUGUUUAAGGUUGACGUGCUGGCGCGAGUGCCAACGGCCAAGGCGCGGAGCAAUGACCCCGACGUGCACCACUACUGCUACGUGCUGGAGCCGCGCGCGGGCGAGGCGCUGUUGGCGUGCUGACUGGCAGCCGGGGCAGCCUUGCUUGGUCUCGGCCGAGGCCGGAUGGUGCAGUAAUCGAAGAGGCACGACGAGGCACGACGAUGAACGACGACGGC